AUGGUCUUUUGGGUAACAGAGAUUACUCAGAAACGCCCUGUGAAAACUAUCUUGGUUUCUGGCAAGUCUGUUGUGGGGCUGUUAGAUACAGGGGCAGAUGUUUCCUGCAUUGCUGGGAAAGAUUGGCCUAGUUCCUGGCCAACGCAUACAACUGAAAAUGACUUGGUGGGAAUAGGGAGAGCCCAGGUGGUAGCUAAAAGUGCAAAAAUAUUAGAUUGGCAGUUUGAAAAUACCUGCGGAACUUUCCAGCCUUAUGUAGUUCCUUCACUCCCCUUUGUUCUAUGGGGAAGGGAUGUGUUAUCUCAAAUGGGAGUGCUACUUUUCAGUCCUGAUGAAAAAGUGCCCUCUCAAAUGCUCCAUAUGGGCUAUGAUCCAUCAGAGGAUUAG